AAAACAGCAGAUUGUCUCUGCUAAGCAGAGGAAGAGCCAUAUUAGGGAAAGAGAAGAGCAAAGACUGUGGUUUAGGUGUACAUGGCAGACCAAGAUCAUAGAUGGCUUUGCUCACUAUCGUGUUGUGUCUUGCUGCUGCACUGCAACUAUUUCCUGGAUAUACACAUGCAGGAGAACAAGAUGAAAUUGUUGGCAAGCACAAUGACCUGCGUAGAGGAGUGAAACCAACUGCUAGCAACAUGCUAAGAAUGGAAUGGAAUUCUAAAGCAGCUGAGAAUGCCAAAAAAUGGGCCAAUCAAUGUACUUUCUCUCACAGCUCAUCAGACAAAAGAAUUGUUGAUGGAAUCAAUUGUGGUGAAAAUCUGUACAUGUCAUCUGCACCUGCUUCAUGGUCAAAGGCCAUUCAGACCUGGUAUGAUGAGGUGAAAGAUUUCAAGUAUGGCACUGGAGCAACAUCUUCAAAGGCUGUAGUUGGCCAUUUUACCCAGGUAGUUUGGUACAGAUCUUACCUAGUUGGAUGUUUUGCUGCUACCUGUUCCAAAGGCGCCUUUAAACACUACUACGUUUGCCACUACUGCCCUGCAGGAAACUUGCAAAGUUUAAUUAAAACUCCAUACAAGUCAGGACCACCUUGUGGGGACUGCCCUUCUGCAUGUGACAAGGGACUAUGCACCAAUCCUUGCAAAUAUGUGGAUAAGUUCUCCAACUGUAAUGAAUUAGUGAAGAAAUCUGGAUGUAAGCAACCAAACAUGUUGAAGGAUUGCGCUGCUUCUUGCCUGUGCACUACUGAAAUAAAAUAGCAGGUCUUCUGCAUGUCAUUUCUGCUCCUUAUUAAAGAACUGUGCA